GGGGCGGGGCGGGCCGCUGCAGGCGGCGGCGCUGCCGGGCGUCCCGCGAGGUGUAGCCGCGCACAUGGGGACGCACCGCAUCGUACUGUCGGGCCCCGGGCCCUGGGGCUUCCGCCUAGUUGGCGGCCGGGACUUCGAGCAGCCCCUCACCAUCUCCCGGGUGACUCCAGGUAGCAAAGCUGCAAUAGCCAACUUGUGUAUAGGAGACCAGAUCAUAGCCAUUGAUGGAGUGAACACAGAUGACAUGACGCACCUUGAGGCACAGAACAAAAUCAAGGGUUGCACAGAUGAACUAACUCUGACAGUCAGCAGAACGGAGUCAAAAGUCUGGUCACCACUUGUAAACGAGGAGGGAAAGACGCAUCCUUAUAAGAUGAAUCUGGCCUCUCAGCCGCAGGAAAUAAGGCACAUAGGAAGUGCACACAACCGGAGCGCGGUGCCCUUCACUGCUGCCACGGCUUCUGCCCCCAGAGUGAUCACUGCUCAGUACAACAGCCCAGCAGGCCUCUACUCCUCAGAGAACAUCCAGACCUUCAACAGUGCGGUGGAGUCAAAGACAUCGCCUGGGGCCCUGGAGCCCACCAAGCCUUUAGAUCAGCAUAACCAGCCCCCAGGCAGCAUCGUCAUAGACAGAGAAUCUGAGGUUUACAAGAUGCUCCAGGAGAAUCAAGAGUCCAAUGAGCCACCCAGACAAUCUGCUUCCUUCCUCGUAUUGCAAGAGAUUUUGGAGUCAGAAGAGAAAGGGGACCCUACAAAGCCAUCUGGAUUUAGGAGCGUCAAAGCCCCCACCACAAAGGUGGCAUCAUCAAUUGGGAAUGCCCAGAAGCUCCCCAUGUGCGAGAAGUGUGGAUCUGGCAUUGUAGGGGUGUUUGUGAAGAUCCGGGACAAGCAGCGUCACCCCGAGUGCUAUGUGUGCAGCGACUGUGGCACCAACCUCAAGCAGAAAGGACACUUCUUCGUGCAAGACCAGAUCUACUGUGAGAAGCAUGCCCGGGAGCGGGUGGUUCCCCCAGAGGGCUAUGAGGUGGUCACUGUCUUCCCAAAGUAAACUGCGCUGCUCAUAAAACCAGUGUGGGUGGUUUCUCCUCUGCUGCUUUUCCUUGGGAAGCAUUGUCCCUGCCCCCUCCGCCAACUCUUUUUUGCAAUAAGGAAUGCUAGGCAUGGCUUUGAAUUUCCUUGCCAUUAUUAAUCCUCCAUCUGUUCACAUGAGAUGUCACUAAUUCAACAUUCUUUUCAUCUCCUCUUUCACUGUUGGUUUUUUUUUUUGUAACACACAGAAUCUUUUUUUCCUCCUUCGUGCUGCUAAUCACAGGAAAAUCAGAGGCCAAAGUCAGAUUACAAUCUUCUGUGUCCCAGUUAUUUGCUUUCUGUUUGCAUUCAAUAAACGGGGUGAAUCCACAA